AACUAACCGUUCACAGUCUCUUCUUCUACGUUCAUCACAAGCAACCAAACAUGAUAGGAGGUAAAUCGAUCCUCGGACCCAUCUCCAUUUUCCUCGUCGUCGUUGUUGGGGUAUGCAUCGCUCUUAUGGGCGGAGACGCCUCCAAAGACACUUUUGACACGGGCAACAUUGUCCUGCACACCACCUCGAAGGCCGUUGCUACCGUGUGCGAGUCGACCCAGUUCAAGGAAUCGUGCGUUGACACCAUGAAUAAAGUUCAAGCCAAGAACGAGAGUGCAACCCCGACGGACUAUCUCAAGGCAGCCAUCAAAGUCAUCCUCGAGGAGGUGGAGGGAUUUUUAAACAACUCGGGUUCGAUUUUCGGGGAUAAAGUCAGCAAUCCGACUGUUAAGAUGGCGAAAAACGACUGCGAUGAUCUGUUGCAGUACGCAAUUCAAGAGCUCCAAGCUUCUUUCUCCAUGGUGGGAGACAGCGAAUUGCACACGCUGAGCCAGAGGGAAGCAGAGCUCAAGAAUUGGCUGAGCGCGGUGAUUUCCUAUCACGAGUCCUGCGUUGAUCAGAUUCCUAAGGGUCAGCCGGAGUUACAGAAGCAGUUGGCGGAUGGGCUAUUGAAUGCGAGUCAGUUGACGAGCAACGCGCUCGCCAUGGUCGAUAGCAUCUCUAGCAUUCUUCAUGUCUUCAAUGUGGACUUGAAGAUUGGAGAAAUAACGCCUCCGCGGCAGUUAUCGGAUGAGCAUAAAUCCGAUGGCGGAAAUACUUACCCUCAUUGGGUUACUUCCAAUGACAGGAAGUUGUUGGGAAGCGAUAACAACGCCCAGGUGAAGCCGAAUGUGGUGGUGGCAAAGGACGGAAGCGGCCAAUUCAAAACGAUAGGAGAAGCCCUGAAAGCUUAUCCCAAGAAUCUGCAGGGGAGGUUUGUGAUAUAUGUUAAAGCAGGGGUUUAUGACGAAAUAGUCAUGAUCCCCAAGAACAUGGUUAAUGUUUUCAUGUACGGUGAUGGUCCAAGGAAGACGAUUGUCACCGGAAAGAGAUCCGUAGUGGGUGGAUACACUACCUCUGAAUCCGCCACAUUUGCUGCUAUUGGGGAUGGAUUCAUGGCGAAAUCAAUGGGGUUCACCAACACGGCUGGUCCUAAAGGAGAGCAGGCGGUUGCUCUGCGGGUGAUAUCUGACAGGGCGUUGUUCUACAACUGCAGGAUGGAUGGGUUCCAGGACACGCUCUACGUCCAGGCCCACCGCCAAUUCUACCGUAACUGUGUCAUCUCCGGUACUGUUGAUUUCAUCUUCGGCGACUCAGCCACUGUCAUCCAGAACUGUCUGAUUAUUGUCAGGAAGCCUGAUGACGACCAGAAGAAUGCAGUAACCGCUCACGGGCGUAAAUACGAGAAUGAAGUCACUGGCUUGGUUAUCCAGAACUGCCGUAUUGUCCCAGAUCAAGCCCUGUUCCCUGUAAGAUUCAAGAUUCCCUCAUACUUGGGCCGUCCAUGGAAGCAAUACUCCAGGACUGUGAUAAUGGAAACUACCAUUGGUGACUUCAUUCGCCCAGAAGGGUGGAUGCCGUGGGCUGGGACCUUUGCACUUGACACGCUGUAUUACGCUGAGUAUGCAAACCGUGGCCCAGGUGCUGCAACAGACCAAAGAGUCAAGUGGAAGGGCUAUCAGGGGGUGAUAGACAGAGCUACUGCUGAGAAAUUCACAUCUGGUCCAUUCCUCCAAGGAAACACUUGGUUGGGGGAGAGUGGCAUACCUUAUUUACUUGGCUUCCGCCGUUAAUGAAAGCAGGAUUCCUAAUAUCCAUAAUGCUUGGUUUGAAAUAAGAUUCAGCAAGUAAAUAAGUAGGUGAUUGUGAGGAUGAGAGGACGGCUACAUUUAGUCUCCCUGCCUUCACCCCCAAGUGUAUAUGCUUGCACAUCUUGUAAUGCCUGUAAGCAUAGAUUUCUUUUUCUUUUUUUCCUAAAUGAUUCAAUAAUGAUUCACUAGAACACUCCCACUGUAAAGAAGAGGGUUUUUGUGUUUAAUCAGCAUGCCCCGAAGAUUGCAAAUGUUCAAGAAUGGAUUUAGACAUUCUCUCCAUGGGUUGUUUGGAUUCAUUGCUUUGUCAAUGAAGUUUGCAUUUUACA